AUGGGUAAAGGUAAACGCGGGAAGGGCAACUCACCCGCAAAGAGGCCAACUCGAGAAGACUUUCUCCGGGCGGACGGCAACAAGCGCAGAGUCUCGUCAGACCGACGCAGCGGCUCCGUCGCACCGUCUGCCCCUACAGAAGAAGAGAUGGUAGCGCCAACACCUUGUCGGCCCUCCGCCCAAGUUCUCCCUGUGUGCAUACGCUACACGGGUCGAGACUGGGUGGAGACAUACGACGAGGUGGCAAUGGACCUGCGCUACCCUCCACAGGUGCAGAUGCUGGACAACGAAGCCGCGCUGUCCAUCCAGCCACGUUCACAGGAGGAUCGGAAGAUCCUCUGUGACCAAGAUGGCCGCCGCGAGAAGCCGACGACAUCGAAGAAGAGGAGGAGGAGGAGGAGGCGCAAACGCGCCAGCGCUCAAGCCUCAGAGCAGGCAGACAAAGCAGCGGCGCCUCGCCACAACGCGCGGCCGGCCCCUCCACCCGCCAGUGGCAGAGGUGGUGGGGGGGGCCCCUCGCGCGAGCAGGAGGGACGCCACUCAGCAAGCAGCAGCGGUGUGGGCAACAUCGACGCGCUGAUGGAGGAAGCGGAGUCACGCUUCCGGAUGGCCCUCCACGCGGAGAUGGAGGCUGCCUGCCACCUGCUGAGGGAAGCAUUGGCUCUCCGCCUUCAACGUGACGGGCCGACGGCACACACCAGCGCGUCCGCAGCCACGCAGACUGAAGAAUCCACCAAGAAGAAGAGGAUGGUGAUCAACCGCGCCAGCCAGACCACCGACGGCGCCUCAUCCUUCCACACAGAAACCACCGUGCGUGUCGAUGAGGGCACCCAGACGUCGUCCAAACGGUACAAGCGCCAUCGUGGCGCCCAAACCGAGACGGCGGAUGCGGAGUCCAUCGGCACGCAGACCGAAGUGGCAGCCAUGGAGCCCACUAGGUCUCCAUGGAAGCUGCACAGGAUCGAGGCAACGAGCAGCAAACCUCCCAUUCCGAGAUCUCCCUCUCCAGAGGUAGAAGAUCUCGGAAUAAGACGAAUUCUAGCGCUGCCGCGCAGGCAGGUAGUCCCGGCCGCUGCACCCCAGCAGCGCCAGGCUCCCCUCCCUGCAGCGACCCAGCGCGUCGCGGACCAAUCAGCGCGAGCCUUCCCGGCCCCGCCGGCACGCGCAGUGGACCAACCACCGGCAGCCGCGCCUAACCUUGCGAGCCCGAAGGACUUCCCGGAGCCAAGAUGGCGGCGUCCCACGGCGCCCCGCCAUACUGUCGGCGCCCGACAAGAUGGCGGACAAAUGGAGACCAACGCGCGCCAUGUUGUCGGCGGCAACGCUGCCAAUGAAGCCCGCGUGGAACGGAUGCUCAGCUGCAUGGAAACAAUGAUGCAGCAGAUGACUGAGCUCCUGGCCGUGGUGCAGAAAGUUGCAUCCGCCAUCCAACCAUGCAGCCAUCAUGCCUGA